GUAUAUAUGUGGAUGCCUAUGUGCAUGUGUGUAUGCGUGUGCAUAUACAUGUGUACUGAGAGUUCGGCUCCGCUCUGCACAUUUUCCUCUUCGUCUUACUUCCACCUCGUAAUCCGUCUCGAGAUAGACUCAGUGUCCGCCGAGGCUUCAUCGUGGGUCCAGUCCCGUGGAUCUUAGUCAUCGACCGUUCCACCAGAUCUGGUGGAGGCGGACGUGAGAAGGCGACGGCGAGGGCGGCGAAGAAGAUUACGACGACGUCGAAAGAAAAGGUGGCGGAAAAUGAAGCAACGUUCAGGGCAAGGCAGAUAUUACUGAUGUUACUGAGCAAGCACAAAUACGACCACGACGACGAUAACGAUCACGACGAAGACGAAGACGAAGGUAACGAAGAGGAGUUGAAGAGUAGUAAUAGGAGAAGAAGGCGGAAGAGGUGAACGAGGAAAACGAACGACAGUGCCUGCACGGUAACUGCAAGAGAUGCAGCAACAACCGCACUCUGGCCAGCAACCGUCUGGGGCGCCGAAUGGGGUGGCGGGGGGUGCCCAAUUGCCACAAACAGGUGGCAUAAGUCCGGCGCAACCUGGUGCGACUGGUACCGCCGCCAAUCGCGCGCAAGUUAACGGGGGUAGAUUCGACUUUGACGACGGUGGGACCUACUGCGGCGGCUGGGAAGAUGGAAAAGCCCAUGGCCAUGGCGUGUGCACUGGGCCUAAGGGUCAAGGCGCCUAUUCCGGCAGCUGGCACUUCGGCUUCGAAGUAUCCGGCGUCUAUACCUGGCCUAGCGGGUCAGCCUACGAAGGACAAUGGCAGAACGGCAAGAGACACGGCUUGGGUAUGGAGACUCGUGGCCGUUGGCUUUACCGGGGAGAAUGGACUCAGGGAUUCAAAGGUCGUUACGGGGUCCGACAGUCUACUACCUCCACUGCGAGAUACGAGGGCACGUGGUCCAGCGGUCUGCAGGACGGUUACGGUUCCGAGACUUACGCCGACAGUGGUACUUAUCAAGGCCAAUGGCUCCGCGGCAUGCGGCACGGUUACGGGGUGAGAGCGAGUGCGCCGUUCGGUUUGGCUAGCCACUACAAACCUCCAAAGCAAGUAAGAGCAUCCUUGACGUCGUUAAGGAGCGCCGAUGGAGGACCAGCGGUCGCUCCAACGCCGGAACCCACCGACAGAAGGGAUCGACGUGUAGAUGAUAGUCGAGGAGGAUUUGUCCUGAAAGCCAGGAGCGACGAUCCACCGGCUCGGAGAAAGAGCCUCACCGAAAAGUCCCUGAAGAAGGGUAUUCUCUCGGGUCUCAAGAUACGAAAGCAGAGGAGUACGGGAGAUUUGGAGAAACGUGGUACUGGUGGUAGUAUCAGAAGUAAUGCCAGCUCAGCGUCGUGGAUGUCGACCGAGAGCUCACAAAGUCAAGCCUCGGCGUCGGUUCACACAGACAGUAAUGCAUCCUUUGUCAUCGAGGAUGAACAGAUGGACGCGUCGGUAACUGAGACGUACUUGGGCGAAUGGAAGAAUGAUAAAAGGACUGGUUUCGGCAUAUCCGAGAGAAGCGAUGGAUUGCGAUAUGAAGGCGAAUGGUUCAACAAUCGCAAAUAUGGCUACGGUGUCACCACGUUUCGUGAUGGCAGCAAGGAGGAAGGAAAGUACAAGAACAACGUGCUUAUCACUAGUCAGAAAAAGAAACAUCUCUUCCUAAUCAGGUCCGCCAAAUUCCGUGAAAGGAUAGAGGCGGCAGUGAGCGCAGCUCAGCGGGCGAGUAAGAUCGCUCUGCAAAAAGCCGAUAUCGCUAUCUCUAGGACGGCAACGGCGCGAGGUAAAGCGGAAUUGGCCGAUAUCGCCGCCGAACAUGCCAGAGAAGAUUCCGAACUAGCGCAACAAACAGCGAGGCAGUUCGCACCGGACUUCCGGCAGCCGGGUUUAGAAAGGUUACGGAAUAGAGAGAUACCCAAGUACGUUCCGCCGCCACAGGAUUCCGUGCCGGGUAAGAGUAUCCUACAUAAGGCAGCCAGCGUAGACCAAUCUAGCGGCACCACGCCGAUCAAGAGUGCCACGAUGGCUGUCGAUUCCGUAACGACGAUAACGACGACGAACGCGACGCCAGCAUCCGCAACGAACAACACCGUCAGCAAUGUAAUGCAAUCGAUACGUAGGACCAGUGUAAAGCCUCUGCCGCAGAAUCAGCUGCCUAUGCAAAAUCAGAUACCGAAUCAGGUACCGCUGGUGAAUCAGGCAUCCAUGAAUCAAUUAAACACUCAACAGACCUCGCUGAUCAGUCAAAAUCCGUAUCAACAGUAUCCGUAUCAGCAGCAAAACGUGACGCAAAAUCCGAUUCCGACGAGCCAGUACUCGAACAGUAUACCGAACCAGUACCAACCAAAUCAAUACAGCCAGCAGCAUCACCAGUUCGUCCAGAACAAUCCGUACCAGACGCAGUAUCAACUGACUAAUCCAUCUCAGGUUGAGCAACAAUACUCCGAUUAUCAGCAACAGCAGCAACAACAGCAACCAAUUGGAUUGCACGAUUUCCAAAAUUUGCAGGCUUAUCCCACUCAGCAGACUGUAUUACCCAAUCAAUAUGGGCCUGGCCAGAUGAAUCAGUACAAUUCACAGCCAAUGUACGCACAACAAACGCACCCGUCGCAAUAUCAGCCUGAUAACAUCAUGGAUACAGCGAGGCCGCCGAGCUCCACGAGUUUACGAAGAAAUAGUAGAGUCCUGAGUCCUCAGGAUCGACCUGGCAUUAUUGGUCAAACGCUAAACGACAGGCUGGAUCAUUACAAGAGACCACCUAGUCGCGACAGUUCCGUAGAUCGUUAUGCCAGAGCGCAUUCCCGGUUAAUUGGAUCAAGACAACCAUCCGUCGACAAAACCAUACCGAACCCACCUCCGGAGAUGCUCGACAGAUCGACGAGAGCCCCAAGCGCGAUAAGAGGAGGGACGCCGCUGAAUGGUUCCGUGAUAGGCAGCGGCGCCGCGACGCCGACAUAUGCCGCGCCAACUCCUAACCAGUUUGAGGGGGCUCUCAUAAAAAACCGUAGCCUUGGACAGGACAUUCUGCCGAGUCCUGGACAGCCUAAGCGUACCGAGAGCCUCUACAUGGCUCGUGGACAGUCUGGCGGCGGCGGCGGUGGCGGUGUCAGUGGUGGUAGUAGUGGUGGUGGUGGUGGUGGCGGCGGUAGUGGUGGUGGUGGUGGUGGUGGUGGUGGUGGUGGUGGUAUCGUGCCGAAGAAUCGACAAGGUUCUGGCAACGUCCCGAUGCAGAUCUCCGCGGGCGUCGCGACGUUCGGCAAAGUUAUUUCAAAGAUAGUGGGGCAUCGCUCUAUUUCGGUCGUGCUAGCCAGGGCCGUUCAGUCUGCGGCUCAGCUUCCUUACCGGGAGGCUGCGAAUUCGUAAUUUACA